AUGAGCCAGCGUCGGAUACUACAAGACUUUGAGCAGUAUCAAAAGUCUAGAACUAAAUUUGUACAAACCGUCGCCGAGCUUGCUGUCCAGCCACAAAAUAUUGAUGUUCUACAAAAUUUAGGAGUAUUAUCUUUGUUGAGACCACUUUUACUUGAUACGGUACCCACAAUUCAACAAACUGCGGCUAUCGCACUAGGACGUCUAGCUAAUCAUCGAAAAGAUUUAGCUGAAGUUAUUGUUAAAGGUGAUAUCCUACCUCAACUUGUUUAUUCUCUAGCUCAACAGAACAGAUUUUAUAAAAGAGCUGCCGCAUUUGUACUGAAGUCGAUUGCCAAACACUCCGCUGAACUUUCACAAAGUAUCGUAGACUGUGGAGCUUUGGAUGCACUCACUGUUUGUUUGGAGGAAUUCGAUCCAGCUGUAAAAGAGGGUGCUGCAUGUGCAAUUGGAUGUAUAGCCAAACACUCAGCUGAGCUCUCUCAGGCGGUCGUAGAUGCUGGUGCUAUUCCACUGCUUGUGUUAUGCAUUCAAGAACCCGAAAUAAGUCUUAAAAGAGCAACUGCAUGUACACUAGCCGAAAUAACAAAACAUACAGCUGAUCUUGCCCAAUCGGUUGUUGACGGUGGAGCAAUCGCUCAUCUCGCACAGCUUGUACUAAAUCAAGAUUCACUACUUAAGGGGGUUUCACAAUUAAAAUGUGUACUCAUAAAGGAAUCGAGCGAGGAGAUACAGGCUGCCGCAGCGUGGGCGCUUGGUCAGAUUGGUCGCCAUUCCCCUGAACAUGCGAAAGCCAUAGCUCAAGCCGACGUACUGCAAAAUCUGUUGGAUUGCUAUCUAAAACAAAAUGCUUCAGAGGAUCUUAAAACAAAGACCAAAAAGGCACUGAAGCUAAUAAUUCAGAAGUGUAUUAAUUUAGAAGCACUAGAACCUUUAUUGCAAAAAGCACCUCCAAGUAUCUUGAAACAUGCAGUUGCGCAGUUUAGCAAAGUUCUGCCACAUGAUAGCAGAGCACGUCGGUGGUUUGUGGCAUCUGGGGGUCUUAAAAAAAUACAGGAGCUAAAGGACGACAACGAAGGCUUGCUGUCGGAGUACAUUAAUGCUAUAAACAACUGCUAUCCAGAAGAGGUUGUACGUUACUACUCCCCAGGUUAUGCCGAAACAUUAAUGGAGCGUGUAGAAGCAUACCAAAUACCGAUUUGA